UUUUCCCAUUGAAAAGAAGCUCCACUCUUUUUCAUUCUCUGGGUGCUGAGCAAUGGCGAACACACCAGGAUUGGACUGAAGGAAUCAGAAAAUUUAAUUUUGAGGCAAUUUUUGCUAAUUAGAAAAAAGCUGGAGUAUUUGAAAUGUACUCAAGUCGACGCGACACAGAGGCCAGGCAUCUGCUGCUUUUGCUUCUGCUCCUCGCAGCCUGGGAGGCCGGGAGCGGCCAGGUCCACUACUCGGUCCCGGAGGAGGCCAAACACGGCACCUUCGUGGGCCGCAUCGCGCAGGACCUGGGGCUGGAGCUGGCCGAGCUGGUGCCGCGCCUGUUCCAGCUGGAUUCCAGAGGCCGCGCGGACCUUCUGGAGGUGAAUCUGCAGAACGGCAUUUUGUUCGUGAAUUCUCGGAUCGACCGCGAGGAGCUGUGCGGGCGGAGCGCGGUGUGCAGCAUCCACCUGGAGGUGAUCGUGGACAAGCCGCUGCAGGUUUUCCACGUGGAGGUGGAGGUGAGGGACAUUAACGACAACCCGCCGGUGUUCCCGGCGACACAAAAGAAUCUGUUUAUCCCGGAAUCCAGGCUGCUUGACUCUCAUUUUUCGCUAGAGGGCGCGUCCGAUGCAGAUAUUGGUGCCAAUGCUCUGCUGACUUACAGACUGAGCCCCAAUGAGUAUUUCUCACUGGACGAACCUGCCAAUGACGAAGAGGCAAAACCUCUUGGGCUUGUAUUAAAAAAGCUUUUAGACAGGGAAGAAUCUCCGGAGCAUCACUUAUUGCUCAUGGCAACUGAUGGGGGUAAGCCAGAGCUGACUGGAACAGUUCAGUUACUUAUUGUAGUGCUUGACGCCAAUGACAACGCCCCGACUUUUGACAGAACACUCUAUAAAGUGAAAUUACCAGAAAAUAUUCCUAACGGAACAUUGGUACUUCAACUUAAUGCCUCAGAUUUAGACGAAGGCUCGAAUGGAGAGAUAGUAUAUUCAUUCACUAAUGAUAUUCCUCUAACAGUAAAAUAUAAAUUUCACAUAGACCCCAUAAGUGGGGAACUUACAACGAAAGGACAUAUUGAUUUUGAAGAAAGUAAAGCCUAUAAAAUCCGAAUAGAGGCUAUUGACCAAGGCUCUCCACCACUAGCUGGUCACUGUACAGUUCUGGUGGAUGUUGUAGAUGCUAAUGACAACGCUCCAGAGUUGACUGUCAAAACCCUCUGGCUCCCUGUUAAAGAGGACGCACACCCAGGCACUGUCAUCGCCCUGGUCAGCGUGACUGACAGAGACGAAGGUGUAAAUGGUCAGGUGACCUGUUCCCUGACACCCCGUGUCCCUUUCAAGCUGGUGUCCACCUUCAAGAAUUAUUAUUCAUUGGUGCUGGAUGGCGCCCUGGACCGCGAGAGAGUUUCUGACUAUAGGUUGGUGGUGAUGGCGCAGGAUGGCGGCUCACCUUCUCUGUCUGCCACAGCCAGCCUGUCCGUGGAGGUGGCCGACGUGAACGACAACGCUCCCACGUUUGCGCAGCCCGAGUACACGGUGCUCGUAAAGGAGAACAACCAGCCAGGUUGUCACAUUUUCACGGUGUCGGCACAUGACGCGGACGCGCAAGAGAACGCACUGGUGUCCUACUCGCUGGUGGAGAGACGGGUGGGCGGGCGCGCGCUGUCGAGCUACGUGUCUGUGCACGCCGAGAGCGGCAAGGUGUACGCGCUGCAGCCCCUGGACCACGAGGAGCUGGAGCUGCUGCAGUUCCAGGUGAGCGCGCGUGACGCGGGCUUCCCGCCUCUGGGCAGCAACGUGACCCUGCAUGUGUUCGUGCUCGACGAGAACGACAAUGCGCCGGCGCUGCUGUCCCCUGGGUCGGGUGGAGCGGGCGGCGCUGUGAGCGAGCUGGUGUCUUGGUCUGUGGAUGUGGGCCACGUGGUGGCGAAGGUGCGCGCGGUGGACGCCGACUCGGGCUACAACGCGUGGCUGUCAUAUGAGCUGCAGCCGCUGGAGGGCGGCGGGCGCAGCCCGUUCCGCGUGGGCCUGUACACCGGCGAGGUGAGCACUACUCGCGCCCUGGACGAGGCGGAUGCGCCCCGCCAGCGCCUGCUGGUGCUGGUGAAGGACCACGGGGAGCCGCCGCUGACAGCCACGGCCACCGUGCUGGUGUCGCUGGUGGAGAGCGGCCAGACGCUGAAGACUUCGUCGCGGGCGUCGCUGGGCCCCGCGGGCCAGAAGGCCGCGCUGUUGGAUGUCAACGUGUAUCUCAUCAUCGCCAUUUGCGCAGUGUCCAGCCUGUUGGUGCUCACGCUGCUGCUGUACACUGCACUGCGGUGCUCGGUACCACCCACAGAGGGCGCGUGCGGGCCGGGAAAGCCCACGCUGGUGUGCUCCAGCGCGGUGGGGACCUGGUCGUAUUCGCAGAAGAGGAGGCAGAAGGUGUGCUCUGGUGAGGGAUCCCCCAAGACCGACCUCAUGGCCUUCAGCCCCAGCCUUCCGCCCUGUCCCGGAGCUGCAGCUGGAAUGGGAGAGCCACACACUUCUGAGGACUCUUCAGGAAAGGUUGGUUGCUCUAGUAUUUUAUUUAUUCAUUUAUUCAUUUAUUUUCGUGCUGACAUUAAAAAAAAAAUCACACUAUAAAAUUAAAAAGUCCUUGUUUUUUUCUGGAUAUCUCCUAGACCUUUCUCUUAAUUAUAGACGUCAGUACUUGAACUUUAGAGCAGA